ACCGGGCUCCGCGCCCGAGCGUGCGCGCGCGCCCGAGCGUGCGCGCGCGUCCUCGCUCGUCGCCCGGCUCGGCGUCGGGAGCGCGCUCUGUGUGGCCGCUGCCGCCAUGUUGUUGUGGUUGUGAGAAGGCGGCGGCGGCGGCGGCGGCGGAGUAGCAGCCGGACGAGACGUCCCAGCGGCUCAGGCGCUGCCCAGCGCCGGCCCUGGCAGGGAGCCUGGUGGGGUGGCGGAGGGGGAGACUGUGCCGUGGCGGGCCUCGCCAUGUCCUGCUGCCCGACUUCCUUGUGAAACCUCCUAGUAGAAAAAGUUCUUGGGACAAACUUCAUUUGACCUCACCAUAAGGGAAAGAAGAGAGCCUUGUUGGACACUGAAGAAGGGACGGGGAUUUCUCCUCCUAAUCUGAGCCUCUUGUCAUGGAUGAAGAGACUCGGCACAGCCUUGAGUGCAUCCAGGCCAAUCAGAUCUUUCCCAGGAAGCAGCUGAUCCGGGAGGAUGAGAAUCUUCAGGUUCCUUUCCUUGAACUUCACGGAGAGAGCACAGAGUUUGUGGGCCGUGCCGAGGAUGCCAUCAUUGCCCUUUCCAAUUACAGACUUCACAUCAAGUUCAAGGAGUCUCUUGUUAAUGUUCCAUUACAGCUUAUAGAAAGUGUUGAAUGCCGAGAUAUAUUUCAGCUUCAUUUGACUUGCAAAGACUGCAAAGUUAUCAGGUGUCAGUUUUCAACCUUUGAGCAGUGUCAAGAGUGGCUGAAGAGACUGAACAACGCAAUCCGACCACCUGCUAAAAUAGAAGAUCUCUUCUCAUUUGCAUACCAUGCUUGGUGCAUGGAGGUCUAUGCCAGUGAAAAAGAGCAACAUGGAGACCUGUGCAGACCAGGGGAGCAUGUAACUUCAAGGUUUAAAAACGAGGUGGAGAGGAUGGGUUUUGAUAUGAACAACGCCUGGAGGAUUUCCAACAUCAAUGAGAAGUACAAAUUAUGUGGUAGCUAUCCUCAAGAGCUCAUAGUGCCUGCCUGGAUCACUGACAAAGAACUAGAAAGUGUAUCAAGUUUCAGGUCCUGGAAGCGCAUCCCUGCCGUCGUCUACAGGCACCAGAGCAAUGGAGCUGUCAUUGCCCGCUGUGGACAGCCAGAGGUUAGCUGGUGGGGCUGGCGAAAUGCAGAUGAUGAGCAUCUGGUACAGUCAGUAGCCAAAGCUUGUGCCUCUGACUCCCGAUCGAGUGGCAGCAAGCUGUCAACUAGGAACACUUCUCGAGACUUUCCCAAUGGGGGAGACCUUUCUGACGUGGAGUUCGAUUCUUCUCUGUCAAAUGCUUCAGGAGCAGAGAGUUUAGCCAUCCAACCGCAGAAGCUUUUGAUCUUGGAUGCACGCUCCUAUGCAGCUGCUGUGGCAAACCGAGCCAAAGGAGGAGGCUGCGAAUGCCCAGAGUAUUACCCAAACUGUGAAGUUGUGUUUAUGGGGAUGGCAAACAUUCAUUCUAUUCGGAGGAGUUUUCAGUCUCUGCGGUUGCUGUGCACUCAGAUGCCAGAUCCGGGAAAUUGGCUAUCAGCUCUUGAAAGCACAAAAUGGCUCCAUCACUUGUCUGUGCUUCUGAAAUCAGCGCUUCUGGUAGUGCAUGCUGUGGAUCAGGAUCAGCGGCCGGUGCUAGUGCACUGCUCAGAUGGCUGGGACCGCACCCCCCAGAUUGUGGCAUUGGCUAAGCUCUUGCUGGACCCUUAUUACCGAACCAUAGAGGGUUUCCAGGUCCUCGUGGAAAUGGAGUGGCUGGAUUUUGGCCAUAAAUUUGCUGACCGGUGUGGUCAUGGGGAGAACUCAGAUGAUCUGAAUGAACGUUGCCCAGUGUUUCUGCAGUGGCUUGACUGUGUUCAUCAGCUUCAGAGGCAAUUUCCUUGCUCUUUUGAGUUCAAUGAAGCAUUCCUUGUGAAACUGGUGCAGCAUACCUAUUCCUGCCUCUUUGGAACAUUCCUGUGCAACAACGCCAAGGAGAGAGGGGAAAAGCAUACUCAGGAACGGACAUGUUCCGUGUGGUCACUUCUUCGGGCAGGCAACAAGGCUUUCAAAAACCUACUGUAUUCCUCUCAGUCAGAAGCCGUGCUGUACCCUGUGUGCCAUGUGCGUAACCUGAUGCUGUGGAGUGCAGUGUACCUGCCCUGCCCAUCCCCAACCACCCCUGUGGACGACAGCUGUGCACCAUACCCAGCCCCAGGCACCAGCCCUGAUGAUCCCCCCCUGAGCCGGCUACCAAAGACUAGAUCAUACGACAAUCUGACCACAGCCUGUGACAACACAGUGCCUCUGGCCAGCCGGCGCUGCAGCGACCCCAGCCUGAACGAGAAGUGGCAGGAGCACCGGCGCUCACUAGAGCUGAGCAGCCUGGCUGGCCCUGGAGAGGAUCCCCUUUCUGCCGACAGCCUAGGGAAGCCCACCAGAGUGCCGGGGGGUGCCGAGCUUUCUGUUGCAGCCGGAGUAGCUGAGGGGCAGAUGGAGAACAUCUUGCAGGAGGCCACCAAAGAGGAGAGUGGAGUAGAGGAACCUGCCCACAGGGCAGGCAUUGAGAUACAGGAGGGUAAAGAGGACCCUCUCUUAGAAAAGGAGAGCAGGAGGAAGACACCUGAGGCCUCAGCCAUUGGACUUCACCAAGACCCAGAAAUGGGUGAUGCUGCUCUGAGGAGCCAUCUGGAUAUGAGCUGGCCUCUGUUCUCACAGGGUAUUUCUGAACAGCAGAGUGGGCUCAGUGUUCUCCUCAGUUCUCUCCAGGUCCCCCCCAGGGGAGAGGAUUCCCUGGAGGUCCCUGUGGAGCAGUUUCGAAUAGAAGAGAUUGCAGAGGGUAGGGAGGAAGCAGUUCUUCCAAUCCCAGUAGAUGCAAAAGUUGGCUAUGGUACCUCACAGUCAUGUUCUCUGCUACCUUCCCAAGUCCCUUUUGAGACCAGAGGACCAAACGUGGACAGUUCUACAGACAUGUUAGUGGAAGAUAAGGUGAAGUCAGUAAGUGGGCCCCAAGGUCAUCAUAGAUCUUGCCUGGUAAAUAGUGGCAAGGACAGGCUUCCUCAGACCAUGGAACCCAGCCCUUCAGAGACAAGCCUGGGCGAGAGGCCCCAAGUGGGGUCUGUGGUGCAUAGGACUUCCCCUGGCAGCACUCUCAGCCUGACACGUUCCCCUUGUGCCUUGCCUUUAGCCGAAUGUAAAGAGGGGCUUGUGUGCAAUGGUGCCCCAGAGACUGAAAACAGGGCCUCAGAGCAGCCCCCAGGUCUUAGCACCCUCCAGAUGUACCCCACACCCAAUGGGCAUUGCACCAAUGGGGAGGCUGGUAGGAGCAAGGACUCACUGAGCCGUCAGCUGUCUGCUAUGAGCUGCAGCUCUGCCCACUUACACUCAAGGAACUUGCACCACAAGUGGCUGCAUAGCCACUCAGGAAGGCCAUCUGCAACCAGCAGCCCCGACCAGCCUUCCCGCAGCCACCUGGACGAUGAUGGCAUGUCAGUGUACACAGACACGAUCCAACAGCGCCUGCGUCAGAUUGAGUCAGGCCACCAGCAGGAAGUAGAAACUUUGAAGAAACAAGUCCAGGAGCUGAAGAGUCGCCUGGAGAGCCAGUACCUGACCAGCUCCCUACACUUUAAUGGAGACUUUGGGGAUGAGGUGACUUCAAUCCCCGACUCGGAAAGCAAUCUGGAUCAGAACUGUUUGUCUCGCUGCAGCACAGAGAUUUUCUCUGAAGCCAGCUGGGAGCAGGUGGAUAAACAGGACACAGAGAUGACCCGUUGGCUUCCUGACCACCUGGCCGCCCACUGCUAUGCGUGCGACAGUGCCUUCUGGCUUGCCAGCAGGAAGCACCACUGCAGGGACACUGACCGUGUUGAUCAAACGUGGAAUUGUGGGAACGUAUUCUGCUCCAGUUGUUGUAACCAGAAGGUUCCAGUUCCCAGCCAGCAGCUCUUUGAACCCAGUCGAGUAUGCAAGUCUUGCUAUAGCAGCCUACAUCCCACAAGCUCCAGCAUUGACCUUGAACUGGAUAAGCCCAUUGCUGCCACUUCCAACUGAAGCUCAGUGACCUGGGUGGGCAGUGGCCAAGCUGCUGUUCCUAUGACAGGCCCACUCAGCCUGGGCAGACCGAGAGGCCCGUGCACUUUGGAAUGGGAGCGUGGAACCACCUGUACAGAGUGACAGAGAUUUGGGAUGCACCACUGGAUUGUAGAUUGAUUUUUCUUUCCUGUCCCCCUACUCCCUCCCUACCUUUUCCACCCUCCUCCUCAAAAAAGGAAACUUUCCCUUGGUUGUCUUAAUUUUUUUUUUUUUUGAUGGAAGACCAAGGGUUGCCAGGCCCACUGUAACUGCCGAGCUGCCUGCUGUCAGGUGACACUGAGGGAUGGCUUGUUUCUUCCGGGUGGGAGGAUGGUGGUCAGAGCCAGGAGUAUGGGAAGAAAGCCAGUGCUAACAUGCAACCAUUCCUCACGCCACCGCCACAUCAGAGCUGGUUGGGAACCCUUUGCUGCUGGGGAGGCUGGAAGCAUAUUCCCCAGGAGCACUGCCCUGGGCAUCAUCUCCCUCCUGCGAGGAGCUGAGCCAGUCCCCUCACAGAUGGAUAAAUGAGGCUGAUGUUUGGAGGGAGAGGCACACUGUAAAUGGCAUCCCCUUAGGCGCCUCUUUGGGAAAGGAAAGUGGAUGCUCCUUUGAGGCAGGCGAGGGGCUGGGAGUGGGUAGCCGUCAUGUUGUCCCCCGUGGGAUCCCAUUUUUAACUUGACCCGGAUUGUCUUGGGCUCCCUUUACUUUCAGGGGGCUGCUUUCCUGGGCCAGGCUGUGUAGCACUUCCCACCCUCAGGCAUGAGUACAGACUGGCCAAAAUGGUUAUGCACUCAAGGCCAAAGCCUCCCCUGAGCCCAGACACACCUGGGUCCCCAUUCUGGGGCCUGGUCCCCUAAACAAUCUCUUCCUCAGCCAGCACAGGGAAAUCCAGACUCAGGGUUCCAGAAAUCCCCCGUUCCCAAACCAAACCAAUCAUGGAUCUUCCCUUUAAGGGGUAGAAUCAGCCUUUAGAGUUACAAGCCCCUGGAAAAGGGAGCAGGUCCCAUACAAUCAGCCUUUCUCCUUCUUCUCUUCUUGGGACAGGAAGAACUGCUGAGCAGUCCCCCUUCGCCGCUCCUGGCUGUCUGAGUGGGCACUUGUCUGGCUGCUGGCCAGCAGUAAAGGGCCACUUGGUGACUUCGUAGGGUUCCUUAGAGAAGUGACAUGGCCUUGAGGAGAUUCAGGGCACCUUUCCUCAGUGAGCUUUGAUAUGGUCCAAAAACAGCCUUAAAUCAAGAAUAUUUGUGGAGGUAGGUGUGGGGAAGGUUGGAGAAGAGUUAGGUUUGUGCUUUGUAAUCUUGGCAUCCAUGUUUUGUGCCUGCCCUCCCUCUUGGGGAGGCCAUGCUUGACUCUGCUGAAAGCUGCUAACUGGUGACAGGGUGGAUCAUGGUGAGGACUAGGGGUAAGGUCAAGGAAUGCUUAAGCUCUGGCCCUGCCCUGUAUUCCUCUUCCCCUUGGUAGCAGUUCCCUGACCAAGGGCAAGGUGUGUCUCAGGAAGGUGGUUCUGUGCAUGCCUGGGUGUGGUUAAGGCGUGGCCCAGAAGGCUUCCCUGGUGCUCUCAGUCCAGGCAAAGCCCAGAGCAUCUGAGCACGUCUCUGACUUCCAGUGGCAACACAGAGUUUGAAUGUGGUGAAACAGGGUGUAGUUCUUUUCCACAUUCUGUGUCAUCUAGUCGUGCAGGUAGGGGAAAAGUUGGUCUAAUUGAAGAUUGUGCAUUUCCUAGUGACAGGUGCCAAGAGGUUAUGAUACGGGUUUCUUGGGUCUGAUGUACAGUGUGAAUAAAUGCUUGCAGCUCUUAGCUCUUUUUUGAUCGAUGAAGCACUUUUUUAUUAAUAUUUUCCUUUGUUAAAGGAGGAACCGUAACUCUCCAUAGCUGUACAUAUAACCCUUUUCUCCUAAAGAGGAGUCAGUCAGUGCUCCUAUAUUUUUCAUUUUUUGUCAAAGCAAGAAGUAAAUACUUUAGAAUUGUUAAAUAUAUAAAUAAAGCAAAUAAAGUUGAGUGUUCCACAUGGUA